AUGUGCCGGUUUCUAGUCUAUCGCGGCAGCGACGAGAUCCUACUCUCAAAACUAAUUCUCGACCCAACUCAUUCCAUUUUAAAGCAAUCUUUUGACUCAAGACUACGAUUAGAUACACGACGUGGUCAAAAUAAUGCCGACGGCUUCGGUAUCGGCUUCUAUACAGACCCCAAGCUAGGAGCCGCACCCUGCCUCUUCACCUCGACCAUUCCCGCAUGGAAUUGCACCAACCUCCAUCGUAUCGCCUCCAAGACCGCAUCGCGACUUGUAUUUGCCCACGUUCGUGCCACCACCGAAGGCUCUCUUAGUGAGGACAACUGCCACCCAUUCUGCCAUGGAAGCUUGAUGUGGAUGCACAAUGGAGGUUUAGGAGGUUGGAGACACAUCAAGAGAAAGCUUGGCGAACGAUUACAUGACAAGUGGUACCUCUCCGUUCACGGUGGAACCGACAGCGAGUGGGCGUUCGCUCUGUUUCUUGAUCGUCUAGAACGCCUCGGAGUCAACCCAAGUUUGGAACCCAGGAAUGGAUUCGGACCAGCCGUCCUACGCAAAGCCCUCCUACAGACGAUUCAAAUUAUCAACGAGCUUACCAUGGCUAUACCCGAGAACAUCAUCCAAAGCGAGCAAGUGGACACAAGAAGUUUGUUGAACUUUGCGGUGACGGACGGCCAUAGCAUUAUCUGCACGAGAUAUGUGAGCAGUAAGACUGAUGAAGCAGCAAGCCUGUACUACUCAUCCGGUACCCAAUGGGAGACCAAAUUACCUGUUAGCAACGACCGGGAUUACCAGAUGCAACGUCGCGACAAAGGUGCCGACAUCGUCCUCGUGGCUAGCGAGCCCCUAACCUUCGAAAGAGAAAACUGGGUUAACGUUCCGACCAACUCGAUUUUGACGAUUCACGGCCAGACGGUUAUGGUGAAUCCUAUCAUUGAUGCCUACUCGGACCGCGACCCCUAUCACAAGCGUUCUUCAGCUUUUGCGCAGACCAAGGGUCUUACGACCAACGAAAAAGCUGCUCCACGUGUGGCCAGCCCUCUACCCACUCCGAACUUUGAUGUUGAUAGUCACAGGCGUAUCCUUGCCCCUCUAAUCCCUUCCGGAAUCGGUCGGAGUCGCACACCCGAGGGUCAAUCUUUGACUAUACGCAACAAGACAUCAUCCCUUUCUUACUCGGAGACAACUUCAACUCCAUCGGAUAUUCGCGCUCCUCCAAGUGACCCCGAACCCCCACUUCGUCCCCAGACGGCCCCCAAACAUCCCUCUCAAGGCAAUAUCAAAAAGAAACGACGUUCACUCAACAUUGGAGAGGCGCCUCAUCCUGCCGACCACCAGGUAGACACUGAGUUACCUGCCCCGGACAGCCCCGUGCAAGGCGCUAGCGCGAGAGCCCCGGAUUACACCACAUCGGAAAAAGCGGCACGUGUCCUUGUGGGGUGGCAAGGCAAGAGCAAGGCGUUUUGGGCUGAGGUGUUUGAUACCUUAGGUGGUUUCUGCAUGUGCGUGGCAUAG